AUGGCAUCCAAUCCAGACCUCGAGAAGAAGCUGCGCCCCAUCUAUGAUGCGAUGGAGGUUGGCAACUACAAGGAGGGAAUCCAGCUCUGCAACAAGGCUCUGAAGAGACAACCCGAUCUGCAUAUCGUCAAAGCCUUGAAGGCAUUGGCGUUUGAGCGCAGCGGAAAGAUGAACGAGGCUCUCGCCUUAUGCGAAGAGAUCCAAUGGGCAAAACCAACUGACGAGACAACCCUCAGGACCCUGUCAAUGGUCUUGAGAUCGGCAGGAAAAUACGAACCCAUGAUCAAGUUGUACGAGAACGCCUCGAAGGUCAACCCCAAGAACGAGAACUUGGCCAGCCAGUGGUUCAUGUCUCUUGCGCGCACAUUGGACUUCAAGGGACAACAGCAGGUGGCACUUCAACUUCACAAGAACUUCAAGCGGGAUAACUACAUGUUCUGGGCAAUCAUGAGCAUUACUCUUCAGGGUCAAAACAUCCCCGCUGGACAGCCCAAUCUCUUUUAUUCAUUGGCUGAGCGUAUGAUGGCCAAGCAGAACACUGAGGGAAAGGUCCAAACCAUCGAGGAGCUUCAGCUGUACCUGAUCAUUUUGCUUGGACAGAAGGAUCGCCACGCAGACGCGCUUGCACUUUUGGAGGGCGAAAUUGGUGUCAAGACCAAAGCUAUUGAAAAUGUCGAGCUCCGUCAUUUGCGCAUUGAGCUCCUCAUCAAGACCGGACGCUGGAAGGACGCCAGGGAUGCUACCGCUCUUAUCCUCAAGGAAAACUCGGACGACUGGAGAACAAUUUUGCAGUACUUUGAGACGAUUUUCCUCCCUGUACAGGAUGCCGAUCUCAAGGAUUCAGAGAACUUGAAGGAGGCACGUGCUUUCGCGGCCGAGCAAGUCAAGAACGAGACCAAGAACCCUAAGCGUGGUCCCUUCCUUGCCCAGAUCGAACUUGAGCACCGCGUGCAGGAGAAGAUCGGCGAUAACAAGACGACAGUACUUGAGCUCCUUGUAGCCUACUUUGACAGGUUUGGCUCCAAGACUUGCUGCUUCGAGGAUCUUUCAAACUAUAUUUCCAAGCUGGACAAGGAGGACGCAAAGGAGUUCUGCAAGAGACUGAGGGACACCUAUGGCGACAAAUCGGACACCGUCAAAGAGAUCAGCAUGCAGAUCAACCUUGUCCGAUUCGAGCGCUUCAUUGGCAACUUUUCGCAGCUCAAAUCGACCGAAACCAAUGCCCUCGUCAACAGAUUUUGGAAGCUUUAUGAAGAGGCUUUGCCCCUUGGCAAGGACUUGGAAGAGACUGAGCGCCAGUACGGUGACGACUAUGUCAUCAUGGCUGCACAUCUUCUCAUCGACUUGCACAAGGAGACAAAAUCGUACUUCCCACUUCUGAAUGCCACCUUCAUGCUGGAGCAUGCUUUAAGCGCAAGCAAGCACAACUACCAGAUGAAGCUCGUUUUGAUUCGUGUCUAUGAGCUUUUGGGUGCUUACAACUGCGCCAUUGGCAUUUAUAACACUAUGGCGAUCAAGAACGUGCAGCAUGAUACCAUGUCGCACUUCAUUACUGAUCGUGCCACGACAUUUGGAUUGUUCAACGAGGCUUUGACUCAGCUCUAUGGUGCUCAUGAGAUCUACCAUAGCAACGAGUCUGAGACCCCAGAGAUGAUCCUCCAGGCUUACAAGUACUCAACCUUCUCCAAGAUGCAAGAGUUUAUCGAAUUCCAGUCACGACUUGAAAACUCUCUGCAAAAGAUGAUUGCCGACCGUGAGAUGAUCCGUCUCGAGUUCUUAAAGGAGGAUUCUGUCAGCCGUGCCAUCACCUGGCUGCAAGAGCUCGAGCUCGGCAACCUGAAAUAUGAUGACCAAUUCAACAAGGCGAGAGUAGAUAAUCGCGACACGAGUGUUAUGCUGAACUGGAACCCCCAGUCCUCAGCCUCGGUCGAGUUCUUGACCCGCGCAGCCCCCCAGCCUGAUCGCGUCUGGAUGACCCUGUUCACUGUCAUCCCCCGUAUCCUCAAGCACAUGGCUCACCUCAAACCCAUCGACGACGAGUACGAGAAGCUCCUCUCCACUCUCACUGCCCUCUCCACCUCCGCUUCAUCAUCACCAGAGGGAGCCUCUACCAACGAGCUGACUACCGAAGAGAUCAGGCUGGCCAAGAUCCUAGUCCCCGUCACAAAGGCCUUCCAAACCCUCUACACCGCAAUCGUUGCCCAGAACAGCAACAGCUCCAGCAAGGAAGAACCCUCCAAGACCGCCGCCGCCAUCAAGGACUUCCUCACCUCCGCCGCAACUCUCCUCAAACGCGACGGCGCCAUCAAAUCCACGGGAGUCAUCCCCUGGCAGACCUUCCACAGCCUCACGACCACUGUCGAGACCGUCGCCUACCUCAACGUGGCCAACCAGUGUCUUUUGAACCUGAUCGCGACAAAGGCCAACAAGAAGGCGACGUUCAAGGCUGCCAAUGCAGUUAUUCAGGAGUUCAUGGCCCAAUGCCGUCAGGCUUUGCAGGCUGUUCAGACUGAUGUUAUGGCGUUGAGGAAUGUUGUCAAGCCGGACCGUAUCAAGUCCGGUUUGCUUUAUGAGAUCUGUGAUGGGUCUGCCUUUGACUUUGUCCGCUCUCCUAACCACCAAAAGUUGAUCGAGGAAAAGACGCUCAAGAUCGGCGCCAGCUGGAUGAACAGCUUGGUGAACCUGCAGCAGGAAGCUAUUGCAAGAGUCGUCUAA